UUUCAGCUUCUUUCAGCCAUCGAAAAUGGCAGCAACACCAGUUGCAGCAUCACAAAGCAAAACGAUGACACUUAGUGAGCUGCGUGUUUUCGAGCUUAAGCAAGAAUUAGAAAAGCGUGGACUAGACAAAAGUGGGAUCAAACUAGCAUUGGUAGAACGCUUAGAGGAGGCACUUCGAGAAGAAGGACACGAUCCAAAGAUUUACAAGUUUGUCGUUAAUGAAUAUGGCAAAUCUCUGACCACUCCCUCGAAAAGUUCCUUCAGCGAGACACUGAGAGAAAGUCAGUUCAACUGUAGCACUCACGGGACUCUCUCUGAACACGGAAUUGAAGUCUCCAACGGUCAUGACGAAAACGAGCAGCAGGAAAUAAAAAGGGAAGGUCCAAGUGAACCGGAUACUGCAAUCGGCAUAAUUACCGAAUUUGAAGACAGUAAUGGUGCGGUUGAAAAAGCGGAUCAUUUGACGACAGCAAAAGAAUCAUCCGAAGAACUGGUGGAAGGUAAAAAAGUAAAACACAAUCAAAUGGAAGAAACUUCAACCAUAAAACGAGAAGAUCGCAGUAUAAAUGAACUUAUCGAAGGACGAAUGGAAGUAAAUGAAGUUGUUGAAGAUACCUCCAUUGUCAAAGAAGUAGUGGAAACUAAACAACCGGAAGAAGAGGAAAUAGUUAAAGAAAUUGCAGAUGAAGUUAACUACGAAGAUGAGGAAAUGCCAGAUAGAAUGCCAGAUCAGAUCAAUGAGGAGGAAGGCGAAACAGAGGAGUGCAAAGAAACUGGAAGCAAAAUGACAGAAAAAGAGAAUGAAAGUAAGACAGCUGAAAAAGUCGAAGUGAAAGUUUCUAAAGACGGCGAAAAUUUGUUUAAGUCGACUGUCGAAACCGUAGCAUCUACACCAGUGGAACAUAUUGAUGGUGCUCCACACGCAGCGACAUCCAUGCUUAAAAAGUCCGACAAUUCUUUGUGGAUCAAAGGUAUCAGUCCAAACACAAAAGCUGCUGAUUUGAAGGCAUUGUUUGCGAAGUACGGCCGUGUGCUAACCGCUAAAAUCUUCACGAGACGACAGCAGCCAUCGAAUGCAUGCUUUGGAUUUGUCACCAUGGUCGAUUCUGCUGCAGCUGACCUCUGCAUUCAAAAACUUCAUAAAACAAAUAUCAAAGGACGCCCGAUUACAGUGGAACGAGCGGAUCGUUGCAACAUGCCUAUUGUUAAGUCGAUACCCAAGAAACCGGCAUGUAACGUGACAGGUGACGUCAAAAGCGGAAAGUCCGCUGCUACUUUCGAUACCUGUUCGAAAAGUGGAGAAGAGAAAUUAUCAACCACUAAGGCAGCCGAAAAAUUGAAGAAAGAUACAUCUAGCACUGACAAAUCGAAAAGUAGUACAUCGAGUGGCAGUAAAGGAAUCAAUACCACAAGAAAUGAAAAGCAGAAAGCAGUGAAAGCAAUGUCGGAAACGAAAAAAUCACCCGUUAAAGCGCCGUCUACCAGCACAACACACUCAAGGUUCUCAACGCUCAGCAGCAGCAAACGUUCGGUCACGCAUCUGCCAUCACGGUUUCGAAGCAGUAAAAGAAUUGAACGAACAGAUCGAGUUUCUUCCACUUUGCGGCGCUCAUAUGUAAUUCGUAAACCUAGUUAUUCGUCAGCUGCUUCAAGAAGGACUUUGGGAAGUCGACCAUUUUCGAGUCGUAUUGGUCGUGGUAGCAUAUUGCGCGGAAUGGUCCGCCGUGAAGUUUCCUCGCGUCGUGUUGAGCCCCCUACUUCAUGGGCGAAGCGUGAAAUGAUAGAAAUGUUGCGUAAAAAGGAAGAAGAACAUCGACUUAAGGAGCAAGAAUUGAGACUGCAACGUGAACGUGAGCGCCUGAAAUUCGAACGUGAACGGUUUGAACGGGAACGUCUCGAAUUGCAACAGUUGCGCCAAAUCGCUGCACUCACCACACCAGUGCAAAUGAUGUCACCUUCAGGAGCGCCUCCACCAUCACGUCGCUCGCAUGAAUACGGUGAUAUGGAUUCAUCCAGGUACAAAUCAGAAAAGGAAUUGAAGCGGAACGAAUAUUCAAGGCGAUCACGGGAACGAUCGUCAUCGCAUCGUGGUGUCACUUCUACGCGUAAUUCUUUACCGGAUCGACGAGAAGCACACAGUUCAUCACGACAUGUAAGCACGCACUCUUCAUCGCGUGUUGUUGGCGAACGAAGUCAUGAGCGCAAUCGUGAUCGUAGCCGGCAUAGUACGCGUGACUAUGGUUCGUCGAACGUCGUUCGUGAAAGUGGUCCCAGUUAUGGUCGUGAAAGUCAUUCAUAUUCACGUAGUGGUGAUCCCACAAUUUCCAGCAGUUACGGACGUGAUCCGUAUCGACCCGAUUCGACAACUUAUAACAGCCAUCGUUCCAGUGACACUGGAUAUGGAAGCCGAGACAUAGGAACGUAUAGCUCAUCCAGUACUUAUUCCCGUGAUGUAGCACCAUCUUCUUAUAACAAAGAUUCGGGUUAUGGCCCCAGUUCUCGUUCUUUGGGAGGUGGUACAUCCUGGUCGGUUGGAAGUUCAUCUUCGACAUACGUAGGAUCAUCGCGCGACUAUGACGGUGAUGCAUGGGUUUCAGGCGCACCUGCCUCUCAAGCCCAUGGGAGUCACGGCUUGGGAAGCAGUAAUUGGUCAUCAUCAAGAGAUGAUCACUGGUCAGGCGGUGGUAUGACUGAUACGCAUGGACAUGUUUCAACUUAUGAUAAGUAUGAUAAAUACGAUUCUUAUGAUAAAUACAAUCGUCGUUACUGAUUAAGUAUUAAUUUUACUUAAUAUUUUGCUUUUAUUAUGUUAUUGAAGACGAGGAGCUGUGUGUUUUUUUUUUCGAAUGUAUGUGCUGUGCAUGUUUCUUUUUUUUUUAUUUAAUUGAUUUAAUAAUCCUGUAAUAGAAUUUUUUUUCGAAUGAGAUAUUAUGCGAAAGCUGAAAUACCAGCCAUCUAGG